AUGCUGAAUGAAACCACUUCACCAUCAUCAUCACCAUCUCCUCAAUCCCCACCUUACUAUGAGCUCUCCUCUGACACCAAACCAUCUGACCCCCAAUCCCCCACUCUGGCUCAGCUGCAAGCCUGUGCUCUGGCCUCUCAACAACCAUCACACUCUGAACCUGUACCAGAAUUUCCUUCCCCACCUCCUAAACAUCCAUAUCGCACCACAUAUGAACAAACACCACCUGCACAACAACCAACCCACUAUGAACCACAACCAACCCAACCACCAUCUGGACCAACCCCACAACCUGAACUAUCCUCACAGACCACUCUGUCAUACCACCACCCAUCACUUCCGCUGACCCAACAACUCCCACAAUUAAUCUAA